UAGCAGCUCUCGGGAAGGGAGAGAGCGAGCAGACAGCGGCCGCCGGUUAUCCAGUGCAGGCUUGUUUUCGUUUCUUUUGUUUGUUUGACAAAAUCAUGUUUUCACAUUGAAUUCACACCGGCUUUAUACUCAGCAUGGGAGACGACGCCGAGGAAGGGAGUUGUACUGUAAAACACGAGCUGACAAAUGCAGGUGUAAUGUGGUGCAUUCCGGAGCGAAAUGAUGGCAGACUGGAACGAAAGGAUUUUAAAAAAACAUCUAACCUCACUGGACACAGAGAAAAAGUUGGAUUAGAAAACUUUGAGCUACUAAAAGUUUUGGGAACAGGAGCAUAUGGGAAAGUUUUCCUGGUCAGAAAAAUCAGUGGCCACGAUGCAAACAAACUCUAUGCAAUGAAAGUGCUUAAGAAGGCCUCCAUUGUACAAAAAGCAAAAACAACUGAGCACAUCAAGACAGAACGGCAGGUGUUAGAACAUAUUCGACAGUCUCCUUUUCUGGUCACAUUGCACUAUGCCUUCCAGACAGACACCAAGCUUCAUCUUAUACUAGACUAUGUAAAUGGUGGUGAGUUGUUUACACAUCUAUACCAAAGGGAACACUUCACAGAAGAGGAAGUUCGAAUCUAUGCAGGAGAGAUUGUGCUCGCACUAGAACACCUCCAUAAGCUUGGCAUCAUAUAUCGAGAUAUCAAGCUUGAAAAUAUUUUAUUGGAUGGUGAUGGUCAUGUCGUUUUGACUGACUUUGGACUCAGCAAGGAAUUUGUCACUUUUGAGAAUGAAAGAACAUAUUCAUUUUGUGGUACCAUUGAAUAUAUGGCACCAGAGAUUAUUCAAGGAGGAAGUAGUGGACAUGAUAAGGCAGUUGAUUGGUGGAGUCUUGGGGUUCUUGUGUAUGAGCUAUUGACGGGAGCUUCGCCUUUCACCGUGGAUGGUGCAAAAAAUUCUCAAGCAGAAAUCUCAAGGCGAAUCUUAAAAAAUGACCCUCCAUUUUCUGUUGAGAUUCAGCCGACUACUAAGAACUUAAUACAGAAACUGCUGAUGAAAGAUCCUAAACAAAGGCUUGGUUCAGGGCCAACUGGAGCUGGAGAGAUAAAAUCUCAUGCCUUUUUCCAGGGCCUAAACUGGAGAGAUUUAUCAACCAAGGCAAUUAAACCUCCAAUCAAACCAGUCAUCCGAAAUGAACUAGAUGUCAGCAACUUUGCAGAGGAGUUUACAAGAAUGGAUCCGGCCUAUUCUCCUGCUGCUCUUCCUCAACAUACAGAUCUAUUUAAGGGUUACUCAUUUGUUGCACCUUCUAUUCUGUUUAAUCGGAAUGCUGUAAUGAAUCAGGCAUGCAACUAUGAUCUGCAGGUGGCCAUGGAACGACCAGACAACUGUACAGUUGCACGAAGUGCAAUGACAAAGGAUUCCCUCUUUUACCAGAACUAUGAAUUGAACAUGAAAGAGAAGCCACUUGGUGAAGGAAGUUUUUCUGUUUGUAGGAAGUGUCGACAUAACAGGACGGGGCAGGAAUACUGUGUCAAGAUCGUCAGUAGACGAAUGGAAACCUGUACACAAAGGGAGAUUGCAGCACUGAAGAUCUUGGGGGCCCAUCCUAACAUUGUGAAACUCUGUGAAGUUUACCACGAUCAGUUGCAUACGUACAUGGUUAUGGAGUUGUUGAAAGGAGGUGAACUGCUCGAACACAUUAGAAAAAGGAAGCAUUUUAGUGAAUCUGAAACCAGCAGGAUUAUGGGCAUGCUUGUGUCUGCAGUUCGUUAUAUGCAUGAUUGUGGAAUUGUGCACCGAGAUUUAAAACCAGAGAAUAUUUUGUUUGCUGAUCAGAAUGAUGGUGCAAUUAUCAAAAUAAUAGAUUUUGGGUUUGCAAGAGUUAAGCCUUCUGACAGCCAGCCUUUAAAGACCCCAUGCUUCACUUUGCAAUAUGCAGCUCCUGAGAUUUUCAAGCAAAAUGGUUAUGAUGAGUCUUGUGACCUAUGGAGUCUUGGAGUAAUAUUAUAUACAAUGUUGUCAGGACUGAUCCCUUUCCAAAGUAUGCAGCAAACAGUGCUAUCAAGUACUGAUGAAAUAACAAGAACAUUAAAGGAGGGAAACUUUUCACUUGCUGGGGAAACCUGGAACAAUGUUUCACAAGAAGCAAAGGAACUUGUGCAAGGUUUACUUACUGUGGAUCCAAACUCUCGUCUGAAGUUAUCCAGCUCAAGUUUCAACAACUGGUUUCAAAAAAUCCAUUGUUCGUCCUCUAAUCCAUUGAUGUCUCCAAAUAUUCUUGAAUCUUCUGCCAAUAGCUACUUCAAGGCUUCUUUUAUGGCCUUUAAUAAAUGCAAGAGAGAAGGAUUUUUCCUUCAAAGUGUUGAAAAUGCUCCUUUGGCAAAGCGGCGAAAGAUGAAGAAAAGUAGCACAAGUACAGAGACUCGGAGCAGUUCGAGUGAAAGCUCAGUUUCUUCCUCAUCCCAAUCUCAUGGCAGAACAUCUCCUAUAUGCAUUGUCCAAGUUCCUUUACCAGCAAAAAAAUCUGUGUGUGUCUUCCAGUUUUCCGAAACUUUAAAUAGCAGUUUCAAUGAUACUUCUGUCUAGCUAGUUUAAGAACAAUCUUCAAGUAUUUAUUCCUUUUCAAGAAUGAGUAGCAGCUGUGCCUUCAGCCACCAAGGCCCCAAAUUGUGGAUUCCCUCCCUAUGCCCUUCUGAUCCUCCACCCUUUCUCCACUGUAUCUCCCUGUCCUCUCUCCCAUCUACUCAACUUCUGCUGUCCUUCAUGAAGGGCCUCCUUUAAACCCACCUCUUUCUCCAAGUUUUUGAUCACCCUUCCUUAGUCUUUCCUCCUUUGGCCAGUGUCUAUUUUCCCUAGCACCUCUGUGAAGUGCUUGGGACAUUUUUCUCAUCAAAAACGCUAUAAAUGCAAGCUGUUAAUUGUAUCUAGUCAUUAUUUUUAAAAAGGGCUUAAGGAGUAAAUUUGUUUUGAAAGCACGAUAAAGGAUUCUUGUAAGUUACCCAAACAAUAAAGCUUGUUUUUUGAUACAAGGAGGAGCAGCUUUAGUAUGCAAAUUUGAAAUAACCAUGAGUGGCUUACAGUUAAAAAGUACAGAGGUUAAUGGUGAACUGGUGAUGGUGUCUCUGGUGUGUUUCUAUUGUGAAGGUGAAUCAUCUCAUGCUUGUAUUGUGUGUAGCUGUGAUUCCUGUUUUGCCUGGGUACAAUGUCUGUCUUACUGUUCAAUGUUGGUAGGAAGUUUUGAUAUCUGACCUAGAGAAAGAGUGAAUUGGGACAUAGAAAAGGAUUUUUUUCCGAUAAGCAACUUCAGUGACAUAAUCCUACCCCAAUUUAAAGGCUUCCUGAUUAAUGCGGUGUGAGAGAGAAAACAUAAGGGCUGGAGACAGAGAUAAUUAGAGGGGAAUGGGUUGAACAGAUGGACACCAGUUUUUAGAAUUAUGGAGGGACAGGGUGGGAUAUUUAUGAACUGCGUGAGUGUCAGAGUGUGCCUGAUAUAUUUUUUAGUAUUUUUUAAAAUUAACAUUAUCAAUAUGAUGCUCCAAAAGUUAAGAGUCUAGAAUUGUUGAAAAUAAUACAACCCAAUCAUGGAAAAUGAAAUUAUCUGAUACUUGCCAAAUUGUGGCUUUGUAGGACCAUAAUGGUGCCACGGAUGGAGUUUUCAGAAUGGAGGAAAAGCAGCAACCAUGAGAAGGGCAGCUUCUGGGAGAGGCAUUCACCCAUUGGCAGUUUCAUUUCUGAUGUUUUUGGUUUGUGUCAGGCUUCAGUACAAUGUUGCUGUAAAGCAGAUGAAUCUUGUUGAGCAGGAAGCAAUAAGUUAGCCCAAACCUGGAAGCAUUGAGGGUUGUGGAGCUGGUUGAGCCAUAUCAGAAAACAUAUAGAUUGAGGCAUGCAACCAGGAUUGAAAAAAGAGUCUUGUGUGUUAAACUUAUUUUUGAAUUUGAGAAAACAGGCAUGAGCUGAGAUUGAUAGACUGAGAUGGAACAAUGCAUACAUUAUCGUGUUGGAUGAGAAUAUAGUUGGCUUCAGAAUAGUCUGUAAGAUGACAGACUUUUUAAAGCAAUUAUGAGUGUAUCUUUUGUGUUCUUUGCUAGGAAUUUGGGAAUCACAGUGAGCAUAGACUUUACAAAUGCGCUAAUCAGAAGAAAAGUAGACAGCCCACAGAAAAUAUAGUUGCUGUGAAGAAGAGACAGAGCUAAAGGCAGAUUUAAAGUAGGCUGACCUCUUGGAGCUAAACUUAUUGAUCAGGUUUUCAAUAGGAGAUGGGUGACUUUAUGGAGAAGGUGAAAGAUCAUUUUUGUAUGUUUUAGUUUUUAAAUCUUCAGUCAUAAAUUGUAUUUUUCAGGGUUAUUCAGUUAGUAGCUCAGGCAAUAAUGUAGCUGUUAAAGGAAUUCACAAAAGAAUUGUUUCAGUAAUUUUAUUUGUCUGUUUUUUGUACGACUUUGUUUAUGAAUGGUAGUUUGGUAAAAAUUUGAAGGAUUUAUUUGUCAGUUUUUUUCCUGUUAACUCGUUCCUAUUGGUACAUUGUUAUACUUUCAAUUCAAUUAGAUUUACUUGUGAAUCAAAACAGAUAAGUUGUUAUUUCAGGCAAUUGCAAAAUUAACAGAUGUAUGAUACUUCGAGGUCUAACACCUCUGAGGCCACACUUUCAGUUGUGACACCUUUGAAAGGGUUAAUGCUAUGGACAUACACUAGGUGCAAGAAAUUAAUUAUAUAGAUGGUGAAAUCUAUUUAAGUAAACCGGGCAAAAUAGAUUUUUCAGUAUAAGCUAUUAAAAUAAAGCAAUAAUGUAUAUUUGUUUUUUCUAAAUAUGCACUGUGAUGAAUACAAUACUUCAAAUAUAUAAGUACUUAUUUUCUUCAGAUAAAUUUCAUUUCAUAUCCAGGAAAGGGAAAUCUGCUUCCAUUACUUUGAUUAUGUACCAGUUAUGUGAAAACUGGUAGGUUUUUAAUAGUUUACAGACAAGACUUCAGAACUGUUGAAAAUAUUUAUUUGAAAGUAGCUUUAAACUGUUGUUAUAAGCUCAUUUUGAAUUAUUUUAGUAAUAUAUUCUAGCUGGUCUAGGAAAAGAAUACAGCCUUAACUGUUGCUUGCAAACUAUUUUUGUUCUAUAUGUCUGUGACUGUUAAUUAUUGUUAAUCACGUAGCAUCUCAUUUCUUUACACAAAGCAACUAUCUUCCUAAUAUGCUCUUUCUCUAAAUAUAUGCUUUGUUGUGAUUUUUACAAGGUUUGAUUCUUUUUUGUGAAAUUGAAUUUUAAAUUAAUUUACUUGUGUUCCGUUAAAGUGACUGGGUAUAGGGAACAAAAACAUUUCAUGCAACGAAAAGUUCUUUACACAGUGAUAAACUGCUUAUGUGUUUUACAAUAAACUAUUUCAAGAACA